GCUGCUGUGUGCUGGAAGAAGAAAAUAGUUCAUUUAAAAAUAAAUAAUAUAUAAAUAUAAUUUAUUGUGCAUUAUGAAGGAACUCUCUCCUGACACCUUGUUGCUGUCUUUUGCACAUUUUUGCUUCCUCAGUAGUUUUCUAUGCGGGGCUCGCGCUCAGGAGGCCACAGGUGAUGAUGAUGCUCUCCGGCGGGGGUUGACAUGGCAACAUAACGGGCAGGUUUUCAGCAUCCUGAGCCGCGGCGCUCAAUACCGUCCGUCAGCUCGGAGGCGAGUUGGGUCACCCCGCCGCGGUAACCCUGUGGUCGUCCUCAGCAGCGCUAACGACACGGUCCCCGCAGCGUCCCGGGGCUCCCCGCGGGUCCCUGCCGCCAGCAGCGCUGCGGCAUUACGCGCACUGACGCGUCAGCAGCAGCGGCCGGCGCCCGGAGGUGAAGGAGCCUCCGCACCGGUCAGAAGGGAGGACAUGAUGGUCGGAGACGAUCCGUACAACCCGUAUAAGGAAUCCAACUAUUACCCCUAUUACAACUACUACAACUCUUACUACAGACCCAGACCAAGCGCUCACCACCGGCACGGAUACGGAACCAGCUACCACCAGAACGGUCUCCCCGAUCUGGUUCCUGAUCCAUACUACAUCCAGGUCGCCUCUUAUGUCCAAAGGAUGGCCAUGUACAACCUCCGCUGUGCCGCUGAGGAGAACUGCCUCGCCUCUUCAGCUGCUUCCUCUCAGGAUUAUGACACCCGGGUUUUGUUGAGGUUCACGCAAAGGGUGAAGAACCAGGGAACAGCUGACUUCCUGCCCAGUAAACCUCGAUACUCCUGGGAGUGGCACAGCUGUCAUAAUCACUUCCACAGCAUGGACGAGUUCAGCUUGUACGAGCUGCUGGACUCGAGCACUCACGCGCAGGUAGCCGAGGGCCACAAGGCCAGCUUCUGUCUUGAAGACACUUCCUGUGACCCGGGAUACUACCGCCGCUUUGCCUGCACCUCACACACUCAGGGUUUGAGUCCCGGUUGUUAUGACACUUACAGCGCUGACAUCGACUGUCAGUGGAUCGACAUCACUGACGUCUCGCCUGGAAAAUACAUCCUCAAGGUAACCGUGAACCCCAGGCAGCAGGUACCAGAGUCCAACUUUAACAACAACGUGGUUCGCUGUGACGUCCAGUACACCGGCACCGCCGCUCACAUCUCCGGAUGCACCACAACAUCGUAA